AUGCAGCUCACCUCUGUCCUCUCUGUUGCCGCUCUCGCCGCCACCGCCGUCGCUGACCUCGGCCUGCUGUUCCCCGCUCCCCAGCUCAACUCGGUCUCCAUCCCCCCCCAGGUCCAGCCCUCAGCCUGCACCCCCGCUCCCGCCCCCACUGGAAACGGUAAGCGAUCUCUCGCUCUGCUCGAGAACCUCUUCUGCACCAAGAAGUGCUUCAAGCUGUCCGUCGGCCUCAACACCUGCCAGGGCCUCAAGUCCUGCGAGUGCCAGUUCCUCGACGGCUUCGAGUGGACCCAGAAGUGUCUGGCUUGUGCCAAGACCCAGUACAUCAACGGUAUUGACGAGAUCAACGCCGCCAUCGCCAAGUGCCACCCCGUUGUUACCCCCACCCCCGCUCCUGCUCCUCCCGCCCCUGCUCCUACCGCCCCCGCUGAGUCUAACCCUCCCCAGUCUAGCGCUCCUGCACCCCAGCCUCAGCCUACUACCCUCUCUCCCGUUACCCCCGCCUGCCUGCCCCCUCCCGGCCCCUGCACUCCCGCUCCCCAGACUCCUGCCAACGGCAAGCGAUUCCUCGGUCUCAUUGCCAAGAAGGAGUGCCAGGACAAGUGCCUCGGUCUGCUCGGCGUCAUGGGCGCCUGCUGGAAGGACCCCGACUGUAUCUGCGCUGUUAUCCGAAACUCUGAUGACAAUGUUAACGCUUGCAUCCAGUGCACUCAGCAGUACAACAUGAACCAGUACAUGAACGUCCGACAGGAUCUCAUGAACUACGUCCAGCACUGCGCUCCCGAGAAGGUCCCUGCUACCACCGUCUGCGCCUAA